AUGGCGACUCAAGGUGCCCCAAUGGAGGAGAUCAUGUGGCGGUCUCCCCCGCACGUCCAGAUGAUGGGAGGAUUCCUCCAUUCGAACAACAUUCUUUUUUACUUUGCCGAGUCUCCCUUCUUUGACGCGACCUCAAAUAAUGCCUCCCUCGCCAUUCAAGCCAACUACAAUGAGGCCUUCCGCCAUUUCGUCGAAACACGCGAAGCUUUCGAGGGCCGAUUGAAGACGAUGCAGGGUCUAGAGUUCGUCGUCCACUACGACCCCCUCCAAGCAGCAGCACAGACGAACACCAGCUUCGCCCACGAACCCUCCAACAUCUGGGUAAUCCGCAAACAAAACCGGCGAAAGCGCAGUGGAUUCGAAGAUGAAGUAUCCGUCAUAUCGACAUUUUUCGUCGUAGGCGAGGCAAUCUACAUGGCACCGUCAGUUGCCAGUGUCGUCGGAAAUCGAAUUCUCUCAGCCGUCACAUCCCUAUCCCGAUUCAUGAAGACAGCCUCAACAUUACCAACCUUCACCCCCUCCUAUGGCCACACAUACAUGCCCCCCGGAGUCCGAAGCAAAGAACCAAACCAACAAUCCUCCCAACAAAGCAAGGAAUCCACACCGAUGCCUGAUGCCCCUAGUGACUCGCAAUCAACAUCCAAAUCGAACCUGGGUGUCUCGGCCUCCAGCUCGAAUUACCAAGAUACUCGCAGUCUGGCGGAAUCAUUUAACCUGCUAACACGCUACGGCGACGAGUUCAUGGAUGAGAACCCCCUGGCCGGUGAGCCAGGUUCUUUUAUCCUAUCACGAACCGGGGGCGAUGGUGGAGCUAGUAAACAGGCCGCGCCUAAGCCUGCAGGGGCCUCGCUAACUGUCCCGGCCGCUGGUCCACCGGCACGUGCGACUACGCCGCAGGUUCGUGUUGAGACGCCGAAGAGCUCUGAUAAAGGUGCUUCGCCGCCUAGCUCUGGUGGGGAUCGGGGGAAGAGGAAGAAGAGUCGGAAUGUGGUUUGA